UGUUACGGUAGUUAUUUGAUCAUAAUGGUUCAAGAGAGGCAGUUUGUGUUUUUGCUGCUCCUGACUUUUCUAUUUAGACUUUCUACAGCAGACACUGAGGUGACAUGUGUUUUGGACCAGACAUGCAUUUUACCCUGCACAUUCCAGUACACUUCUGAUCUGGUGCUCCACUGGAUAGAUGUAUCAGGAAACCGCAAUGUUCACUCCUACUAUCGCGACAAAGACCAGCUGGAACAUCAGCACCAGCACUUUAAAGGCAGGACCUCACUGUCUAAAGAGCUGUCCAGGGGUAAUGCCUCACUAGAACUGACAAGAGUGAGAGCAGAAGAUAAGGGAAGAUACAAGUGCUACACCAGCACCAUUGAUGGAAACCAGGAAUCAUUUGUUAACCUAAAAAUUGAAGAUAAUUCAGAGUCUGCAGCAACUCAACUCCCCCAUACCAGGAUAACUGUUCCUCCCAGUGAUGGGAAAAGUACACCAUCUGCAAGAUUCACAGAAGAAAAUUUGCCCAGGAAUAGAUUUGCGUUGGUUGUUUGUUUUUUGUUGGUUCUGGCAUUUGUUGUCAUGCUCUGCUGUAAAAGAGGAAAAAGGUCCAGUAAGAUCAGUGUGUAAAGAACCAGACACCAAAAAUAGGCUUCUGUUUGUCUGUACCCUACUGCAACACUCAGACUCGUUCCCAUAGCAGGGAAAUCUACUACGAACAAGCCAAAAACCUAUAGACUAUCAUGGUUGUUAGGAUUGGAGUCCAACCAGAUGGAUGUAAGAAUCCUAACACACUGAAAAAAAAAAACUGCUGAAGAACGCUGGCAGCUGAAAGUCACAGAGAGCUUCAUAACAAUUCUCUGCUGAUGAACCUACAAGCUUCAACAAAGAAACAUGGUUUUCCCUUUAUGAAAUGUGUUAUACUGUAUUUUCUAUGAAUUAUUAAGCUUUAAAGAAGCAAAUCUGUUAUGAAAAUUGAUAUAGAAGCUAAAAAACUAGCUCUAAGUAACGACUCUCUAUGCACUUUAUUUGCAGUCUCCGGUUUAUGAAGCAUUAAUGUCAUUUUACAGUUUUCCUCGAACGAAAAACUUGUAGCCAGGUGAAAAAAGACCCCACUAUCAGUAAAAAAAAUUGUAUUUUAAAAAGAAAGUCAGUUUCAAAUGUAAGGGACAAAAAAAAAAACUACUUUUGGUAUCAUUCAGUAUUGUUCUGAAGCUCAACUUAAAGGGCUAAGUAAAUUUUCCCUGAUGGGGUUGUGUGAAAUAGUUAUUAACAUAACCAGAGGAGGGUAGAGUACCCAAAAAUUGUACUCAAGUAAGAGUAGCACUACUUCAACAUUUUUUACUUAAGUAAAAGUAAAAAGUAAUCAUCCAAGAAAUUACUGAGGUAAAAGUAAAACUGUACUUGGUAAAAAGUAUUACUUGAGUACUGAGUAACUGUAGUACACCAAAAUCUGAUUAAAUAUUUAGAACUGAUGCAAACAGACAGACUUUCUGUUCAAGUUCUGGUACUUUAAGGAAUCAAAUGCAUAAAGAAUAUGGAAGAAAUUAUAGGACAGGGUAAAGAACUUCCACUGCACUGCAAAAAAAAAAAAAAGUGCAAUUUGCCAAGAAAUGAAGCGGGAAGUGAGACACUUUGCCAAUGGAACAAGACAAAUUACAUUUAAAAUAAGAAAAAGCAACUGCAAUAAAGCGCAUGUUAUCUAAUCAUUUUAUUUUUAAGAGUAUAAAAAAUCAUUCCAUUGGCAAAUCAUCCCAUUUACUUACUAAUGUUAAAUGUAUAUACACUUGUUUUAAGAAAUGUUUACGCAUUUAUAGAUCAUAUUGCAGUGUGAUUAUAUUUAUUGUUUACUGUAUGUUUACCUGAUCUUGAAAUAAUUCAAAUUACUCACAGAGGACAGAGGAGUCAGAGAGUUUACUCAAGUACUUAACAGGAAUAUUACUCUAAAAGUAAUUAGUACAGAAAAGUAAAACUACUCCUAAAAGUGUGGUAGUAGCCAAUCAAAACUUUCCCCACUUUCCUUGAAGGGGCCCUUGGCUGGUCCUUGGUUGGUCCCCUAAGAUUCCUUUUUUAAACAUCAAUCUUUGUACUAAAAUAUUCUUUCUGUCAUGAUUUGUGGGCAUUAAGAUCUAAAAAUAAGCAUCAUGUCCUGAUCUGACCCUGUAAUUCAGUGAAAGGGUGGAG